AUGUUAUCAAGAUCAAUUUUAUCUACUGCUAAGAGAUCAUUAAUACCUAUAACAACAAGACAAAUCCUUCCAACCAUUUCUACAUCAAUCAUCAGAAGAACAACAUCAAUUAGAUUUUAUCAUGAAAAUGUUAUUGAUCAUUAUGAAAACCCAAGAAAUGUAGGGACAUUAAAUAAAGAUGAUAUUAGUGUUGGUACUGGAUUAGUUGGUGCUCCAGCAUGUGGAGAUGUUAUGAGAUUACAAAUUCAAGUUGAUCCUGAAUCAGGUGUGAUUACUAAUGCUAGAUUUAAAACUUUUGGUUGUGGUUCAGCAAUUGCAAGUUCUUCUUAUGCUACUGAAUUAGUUAAAGGUAAAACUCUUGAUGAAGCUUUAGAAAUUAAAAAUACUUAUAUUGCUAAAGAAUUAAAUCUUCCUCCUGUUAAACUUCAUUGUUCUAUGUUGGCUGAAGAUGCUAUCAAAUCAGCUAUUAAAGAUUACAAGAGUAAGAAAUUAGCAAGAGAUUAA